AUGGUGGUUGUACACAGCCUCAGUGAAUCAGCAGGUGGGUGUCGAAGCCUCAGUAAACCAGCAGGUGGAUGUCGAAGCCCCAGUGAAUCAGCAGGUGGGUGUCGAAGCCCCAGUGAAUCAGCAGGUGGGUGUCGAAGCCCCAGUGAAUCAGCAGGUGGGUGUCGAAGCCCCAGUGAAUCAGCAGGUGGGUGUCGAAGCCCCAGUGAAUCAGCAGGUGGGUGUCGAAGCCUCAAUGAAUCAGCAGGUGGGUGUCAAAGCCCCAGUGAAUUAGCAGGUGGGUGUCGAAGCCCCAGUGAAUUAGCAGGUGGGUGUCGAAGCCCCAGUGAAUUAGCAGGUGGGUGUCGAAGCCCCAGUGAAUUAGCAGGUGGGUGUCGAAGCCCCAGUGAAUUAGCAGGUGGGUGUCGAAGCCCCAGUGAAUUAGCAGGUGGGUGUCGAAGCCCCAGUGAAUUAGCAGGUGGGUGUCGAAGCCCCAGUGAAUUAGCAGGUGGGUGUCGAAGCCCCAGUGAAUUAGCAGGUGGGUGUCGAAGCCCCAGUGAAUUAGCAGGUGGGUGUCGAAGCCCCAGUGAAUCAGCAGGUGGGUGUCGUAGCCCCAGUGAAUCAGCAGGUGGGUGUCGAAGCCCCAGUGAAUCAGCAGGUGGGUGA